GACCGAAGGUCGAGGUUCUGGCAGAUGGACGUGGCCGUGGCGGCACAGCCGGCCCGCAUCGAGGUCAUAUGCCCGCUGCCGCGACGCCCGGCCCGUCCUCCACACCCCGUCGAGCCCUUCGGCAGGGCCACCUCCAGGCCUAACAACGGGACGCUACCGGUGUAUAGAACAGACUCCGCCUCUGAUAUCCUUGAUCUCAUCCUCAGCAAGAAUGACCCUGAUGUUGAUACCGAUUCCAACGGCCAGGCGGGCUUUUUCUGUGGCUCGCCUCCCGUCCGCACUAACAACCCCAUUGUGAAUGAUCCGCAGUUUGGUAGGAAUACCCCCUGUUUUUCUCCUCUAGGGAGCCCAUUCAGCAAGAUGCUUGGUGGAAGAGCUGAAGUAGGCUCUCCGUCUUGCGGGGCGAGUAGUAGCCCGAAAGUGAGGAUUGAAGGCUUUGCCUGAGAGCAUUUUCGCCAUACCACCAAUUCACCAUUGACCAUUAGCGCCAUUUUGCACCCGCACCCCACCCCCCCAACAUGUAAAUUUUCCGCCCCCGAGAUACAGCUAGUCCCUUUAAUCCUAAGCUAAGCUAGUAGUACCUAUUCGAGUCAGAGUUUAUCUAGUUGAGUUGAGUUGAGUCCUCAUCGUCGCCCGCCUGGUUGUCGCUUUUGAAACUGCGCAAUCGCAGAGAGCUUUCGGUUAUGUACAUAGGCGAGGUCUCCCGUCCGUUGUGUCCUGUAUCUACAUCUUGUGUAAUGUGUGUGUGUCUUGUGUCUAGCAAGUGUCCCCAGUCCAUGGGUGUGUUCAGAGUCUAGCAAGUGUCCCAGUCCAUGGUGUGUUCAGAGUCUGUAAAUACCGUCUGCCCUGCAUUCAGAUGCAUAAUUAAGAAACUAUUAUAUUAUUAUAUUAAAUCCUCUUUGUUCCUGUGGUA